AAACAAACAGGGCCUAGAACAUGAAAUCUAGACGUGAAAAUACACGAGUUUAGUUUUGGACAAAUGCCACCUUAAUUCAACAUCACUGCGGGGUACUUCACUAUAAGAAGAGAAGAUAUUAAAGGGAGCUGAAUUUAUAGAGAGAGAGAGAGAGAGAGAGAGAGAGAGAGUAAUGGCACAGAUAGAAACUACGCCGGCUCUGGCUACAAAUGUGUUUGAACCGGGGAGCUUGGGUUUCCAAUGCAAAUCGGUGAAGUCAACAUGGGAUUCUUCAUCUCCACCAAAGCCGUUAUUCAUUGUUACCCCAACCGUUGAAGGCACAUAUCCAGUACUAUUGUUUCUUCCCGGGACGCAGGUCCGGAAUACCUCCUACAGUCGGAUGUUCCAACUUAUAGCUUCCCAUGGUUUCAUAGUUGUCGCUCCUCAGCUAUACAGCUGUGCCCUCGUCCCAGAAACUGAAGAAAUCAACUCCGCCGCCGCCGUCACAAACUGGCUCCCCACCGGCCUCCCCUCCGCCCUCCCUCCAACCAUCCACCCAAACCUCCAACUCCUAGCUCUCUCCGGCCACAGCCGCGGCGGAAAAUCCGCAUUCGCCCUCGCCCUCGGCCACUCCUCCCCGGCCACCACCCUCCCCUUCUCAGCCCUCAUCGCCCUCGACCCCGUCGCUGGCUUCUGCUGUUUCCGCAUCCCCCCUCACAUCCUCACCUACGUCCCCCGCUCCUUCGACUUGACCAUCCCCGUCGCGGUCAUCGGCACUGGGCUGGGUCCCGAGCGGAAGCUCGGGGUCCUGCCCGCGUGCGCCCCGAACGGGAUGAACCACGACGAGUUCUUCACGGAGUGUAGGCCGCCGUGUUGUUAUUUUUACGCCAAGGAGUUCGGGCAUAUGGAUAUGUUGGAUGAGGUGACGCUGAUGAGUUGCUUGUGUGUGAGUGGGGAUGGGAAAGGUGGGAAGGAUGGGUUUAGGGCAUGUUUGGCUGGGGUUUUUGUGGCGUUUAUGAGGGCGUUUCUGGAGAGGGAGAGUGGGGAUCUUAGAGUUAUUGUGGAUAAUCCUGGGGUUGCCCCUGUAACGCUUGAUCCAGUGAUUUUUGUUGAGGAGUAGGGUCUGCUGAUUGCAAUGUACGUUAUUUUGCUCAAAUUUGGGAAUAAGUUUGUGGUGGACAUAUUCAUUUGCUCUCGUAUUUCGAGACAUCCGAUGAAAUUGAAACGACACAUAUGCACAUAAA